AUGAUGAUAAAAGGUGGAAAUGCUUAUCAAACACUGUGUUUAACAGAAGCGCGUGAUCACUUAGAAGAGCGAUUGAGAAAUGAAACUGACUCGUUUAAAGAACGGUUGGCUGCUGAACAUCAAGAACGUCUCAAUUUUGAAUCUUCAGCUCUACAAGAACUAGAGGAUACGCGUAAACGUCUCGCUAGUCUUGUAAAUAUUUCAAAUGAACGUGAUAGUGAAGUUAUUUUAAGGCAGAAAUUCGAAGAAGAAGCGAAAUCAUCCAAAUCGAAACUGAAUGAAGUGCAGGUUAAAUACGAGUUAACUGAAUCCAACUUGGUUGAAGCUCAAAAACGAAUUAUUGACCUCCAAGAACAAGUUGCCAGACUACAAAAUGAUCUGGAUAAUGUUGAAUCUGUCCAGGCUGAUUUUGUCCGUCUCUCACAAAGUCUUCAGGUUCAGUUAGAAAGACUGCGACAACAAGAUCAAGAAGUUCGCUGGGUUAAUCCUGAUGAUGUUACCAAUUGUUUUGCGUGUAAUUUCCUCUUCCCAACUGGGAUUGUAAGUGGAUCGAAAAAGAUCAAUUGUCGUCAUUGCGGUAAGGUUCAUUGUUCAAGUUGCAUGAAGAAUACUAUGCCUGCUGGACCAUUUGGUCAUGCAGCUGUUGUAUGCGAUGUUUGUCACACAUUAUUGAAUAAAAAUAUUGCACCAUAUUUUAGUACAACCCCAUCAAAUAGUCAACGGGAAGAGUCUUCAUCUCCGAGACGUUUUAGCGUGUCAUCACUCAAUCCUCAGUCUCCUGUUCACUCGUCAACUAACUUGGCAGCCAAGCCUCCAUAAUCUCUCGUCAAUUUAGUUUUCUUUAUUUGUUUAAGAGUUCAUCUCCAUUUUGUUAGAGUUCAUCGUAUAUCUUUCUUUACUCCAUUGGUGACCGAUGAUAAAUUGUAAACGAUGCCAUAAAUUAUCGCAUAAUCCAUCAUCCCGUGACUUAUUUACACGAUGUACACAUGACCAAAUGUUGCUUGUCUUCUAUACUUUCACCUCUGUAAUCUUUUGUUGUACUAAUUUCCUUACUUUCUAUCUAUUUCAUCGCACAAUCGUGUAUGUGAACUUACAUCUGUUUGUCUGGGUUUGUUUGAAUUUUUAUGUGAUAAUAUGUUUCAGGGUGCAUGUUAUUUAAUGCGAAUGAAUGAACUGGGCUUUUUUUUGUAGAUCUUGGUUAAUUCAUACACAAGUGGGUUGACCUAUUAAAUACACCUGUCUUUCAGAUGGAUACUUUUACUCACUAAUUCAUUUUAUCAGUAUGCAUUAUACUACUAUAUAUCAUUUCAGUAGUGUAAAAGGCAAAUGUCAUCUUUAUGAAAAGAAAAUCAGAAUUGUCGAUGAACCGUAUAUUUGCUUUUUAUCUGUCAACGAAUAUACGUUAGUGUGUUAGUUUCAGUCUGAUUAUGGUUUUUCAUUCGUAUAUAACCUUCUAGACAUUUUUUUUUCAACUGUUCAUCGUACUUGUAAUGGCUAUUCGCUAGUCACCUAAGUGUUGGUCAACCAGACAUGAGUUUCAAUUUAAUCAAGAGAAUUAUGAAGUCAUUUUAAGAACUGAACUAGGUCACUCAAUGGUAGUGAAUAUCCAAAUGUACUCACAUGUUCCAAAG